GUUGUAAUUCUCUUCUUCAAAAAUCAAAUCAGAGAGAGAGAGAAACAUAAACAAAUGGCUAAUCUUCGUUUAAUGAUCACUUUAAUCACGGUUUUAAUGAUCACCAAAUCAUCAAACGGUAUUAAAAUUGAUUUACCUAAAUCCCUUAACCUCACCCUCUCUACCGAUCCUUCCAUCAUCUCCGCAGCCUCUCAUGACUUCGGAAACAUAACCACCGUGACCCCCGGCGGCGUAAUCUGCCCCUCCUCCACCGCUGAUAUCUCUCGUCUCCUCCAAUACGCCGCAAACGGAAAAAGUACAUUCCAAGUAGCGGCUCGUGGCCAAGGCCACUCCUUAAACGGCCAAGCCUCGGUCUCCGGCGGAGUAAUCGUCAACAUGACGUGUAUCACUGACGUGGUGGUUUCAAAAGACAAGAAGUACGCUGACGUGGCGGCCGGGACGUUAUGGGUGGAUGUGCUUAAGAAGACGGCGGAGAAAGGGGUGUCGCCGGUUUCUUGGACGGAUUAUUUGCAUAUAACCGUCGGAGGAACGUUGUCGAAUGGUGGAAUUGGUGGUCAAGUGUUUCGAAACGGUCCUCUUGUUAGUAACGUCCUUGAAUUGGACGUUAUUACUGGGAAAGGUGAAAUGUUGACAUGCUCGCGACAGCUAAACCCAGAAUUGUUCUAUGGAGUGUUAGGAGGUUUGGGUCAAUUUGGAAUUAUAACGAGAGCCAGAAUUGUUUUGGACCAUGCACCUAAACGGGCCAAAUGGUUUCGGAUGCUCUACAGUGAUUUCACAACUUUUACAAAGGACCAAGAACGUUUGAUAUCAAUGGCAAACGAUAUUGGAGUCGACUAUUUAGAAGGUCAAAUAUUUCUAUCAAACGGUGUCGUUGACACCUCUUUUUUCCCACCUUCAGAUCAAUCUAAAGUCGCUGAUCUAGUCAAGCAACACGGUAUCAUCUAUGUUCUUGAAGUAGCCAAGUAUUAUGAUGAUCCCAAUCUCCCCAUCAUCAGCAAGGUUAUUGACACAUUAACGAAAACAUUAAGUUACUUGCCCGGGUUCAUAUCAAUGCACGACGUGGCCUACUUCGAUUUCUUGAACCGUGUACAUGUCGAAGAAAAUAAACUCAGAUCUUUGGGAUUAUGGGAACUUCCUCAUCCUUGGCUUAACCUCUACGUUCCUAAAUCUCGGAUUCUCGAUUUUCAUAACGGUGUUGUCAAAGACAUUCUUCUUAAGCAAAAAUCAGCUUCGGGACUCGCUCUUCUCUAUCCAACAAACCGGAAUAAAUGGGACAAUCGUAUGUCGGCGAUGAUACCAGAGAUCGAUGAAGAUGUUAUAUAUAUUAUCGGACUACUACAAUCCGCUACCCCAAAGGAUCUUCCAGAAGUGGAGAGCGUUAACGAGAAGAUAAUUAGGUUUUGCAAGGAUUCAGGUAUUAAGAUUAAGCAAUAUCUAAUGCAUUAUACUAGUAAAGAAGAUUGGAUUGAGCAUUUUGGAUCAAAAUGGGAUGAUUUUUCGAAGAGGAAAGAUCUAUUUGAUCCCAAGAAACUGUUAUCUCCAGGGCAAGACAUCUUUUGAUUAACUUAAUGUGAUAUGUCAUUUGUGAGGUCUAAUAUCUAAAACUAUAAUAUAGUUACUAUAUAAUAAUAGCAUUUUGGUGGAAGUAAAAUUGAUCAAUAACAUUU